AUGGCUUUACCUCCCGACCAACCGACGCAUCCUUACGGGGACCAUGACGAAGGUUUCUUUGAUGGAGGUCCCCUUGGAGGUGGUGGCCCUACGACUGCCUCCCGCUCUAUCCAGUUUGACCCUCCUUGGCCAGAGCUACCCAAGAUCGCAGUUGGGUUUUCCUGGAUUGACAUCGGGACGAACACAAAUCCACGUAUUGAAGUGGUGGCCAAGGAUAUCAAAAAGGGGAGAUUUACGGUCACUAUGGGAACCUGGCUAGACACAACGGUCUUCGGCAGCAUUUCCACUUGGCUUGAGGUCCCCAGCAACAAACCUCGGGAUUGGCAGGUCGGCACGUGGUCCACCAGUGAUCCCGAUCAGCCUACGCGCAUUGAUUUCGAUACCUCCUUCGACCAUGCUCCCAAAGUCCUUGUCUGGAUCAGUCACCUCGACCAGAGCAACGAUCAUCCUACCCGCCUUAAUUGCUUUGCCGACGGUAUCGACCCAAACGGCUUUACCAUCCACGCUAAGACGUCGUUGGAUUCGGUCACGUUUGGAUCCACUGUGAACUGGAUUGCAUACCGCCAAGACAUGAAGGUGGAGAGCGGUUUAGUGAAUCUGGGCAGUGGUACAAUCGAUUUCCCGCCACGCAAGUUCAACAAGCCGCCGAGGGUUUUCAUGGCACUCUCCCUUGUCGAUGUCUCAGAUGACCAAGGCGCGGUCCGCCUUCGGUGCCUCGCCGAUAAUGUGAGCCAAGCUGGAUUUCGCUAUAUACUGGAGACGUGGCAGGGCACGACUGUCUUCGCAGCACAGGCACAGUGGAUUGCAGUAUUAUAA